AUCGGUAUACUACUUGAUAAUUUACUUUAUUCCUGAAUUUGCACAUAAAAAACCUUAGAAACGAGAAAAAACUUAACAUUCUAUAAUGAAGCUGCCGGUAAUUUGUCGGACAUGUGAUGCGACAGAUGCCGAUAAUCUUUUGAAACUGGCCACUCCCACGAAGAAGUACCCAGACAAGUUGCUUGCGGACAUCUUGAGCGAACUCACAGCCAUUAAUAUUAAUCUGGACACAUCUUCUAACCAGAAGCUUCCACAGUGUUUGUGUAGCAGUUGCACAAAGAAAUUGAUUGGUGCCUAUUGCUAUGUAAGGCAAUGCAAGGCCGCAAAUGAUCUACUGCUGAAGCACAUAAAAAACGGUACUGAUUGCUUGCAAGAAACGCCCAUGGAGCUAUGUGCAGAGCAGCAUGUGAUGGUAAAACUAGAAACGGAGGAUGAGGAUGGAGGGAAAACUGAAACAAACAUAAAUUGCUCUCGGUUAUCUGAAAUUGUCCCGGCAGAGAGUCCAGACGAAAAAGAUUUCAACAACAAGAAAUCUGUUGAUCCUCUAAUAAUGAUCGAUUCUGUCAAGCAGGAAACAGUGCAGGCCAGGAUAGAAAAUCAUGUAGAUUACGAAGCCGUGUCGGACUUUGAGGACGAAGACUCACUGGAUAACUUGCCACUGGGACAGCGCAUGCUUAAAUGGAAGACGGGAAAUGGCGAUUCCUUGCGAAGUCUGAACCUGUCUCUUUACCAGUGCAAUGAAUGCCCAAAAAACUUCAAACGAGCCGAUUAUCUGAAACGACAUCGAAUCAGGGCUCAUAAGCCAGAAUCCAGCUGGUUCUCCUGUUCACUUUGCAUCCGGAAGUUCAAUAGCAGUGAGGCCUUGGAAAUGCAUCUUAAAGUACAUCGAAAUCCCAAGCGCUCGGGCAAUAUAAGUGAGCAUAAAAAGGCAAAGUCUGUGGAUCUAAAUCUAUGCAAACCUCAUGGAUACAAGCUCAUCGAAUGCAUGAUCUGUCAGAGUCAGUACAACAAGAUUGCGGAUCUUCGACGCCAUUUGGAGGAGCAUCCGGAAAUUAUUACCUUGGGAGUGCGCCCGAAUAUGGAACCCAAUGAGUUGGCCGAGUUGUUAUAUCCCGAUGCCAAGGAUGUAGGCGAGGAUCAAUUAAUUGAUAUGAUUCGCAAAGAUUUGGCAGGGGGGAUAUAUCAUCGCUUUUAUUCAAUAACUAAUCAGUGUGGUUAUGAAAUGAACCUGGACAGCUCUGACACUGAUAGUGAGCUGGACGAGCCCGAAGAUCAACAAAGGAAGCGAAAAACUAGAAAGGCGCAUUACAGCUGCGAGCUGUGCCUACAGAGGUUUACCAGGAAGUAUCAACUCUACGAUCAUCAGCGUCAGACGCACAGCUGGUCCGAAGCACCUCAUGUUUGCGGCCGAUGCGAUGGGCGCUUUGUCAGCUUGCAAAUGCUAAGGCAUCAUAAUGAGUCGCAGUGCAGAAAUUCGCAAAAGCGUUUCCUUUGCCACAAAUGCCCACUGCGGUUCCGGUGGAAGCACAACCUGAGAGCACAUUUCCGAGAGCACCGAAUCACUAAUCAAACCUUUGAAUGUUCCGAAUGCAAGCGUGUUUUUGACAAGAAAAAAUCCCUGACUGUUCAUUUACUCAGCGCCCAUGCUGAGGAAUCGAAGCUCAUUCCGUGUCAGUGGUGUACGCGCAAGUUCUAUCGGCGUGACUACCUAGUGAAACAUCUAAAGCGGCACGGACUCAAGGAGCAGGACAUUCCAUUGGCCGAGACCCUGAUAGCAGCCACAUCUAAGCGGAAUGGAUCCAAGCGCAUUACCUGCAAAAUUUGCGACCUGCAUUUUGACCGCAUCAUAGAUUUGCGUGCCCACAUUCAAAUGGAACUAAAGCUAUCUCUAUCGCACCAUAGCUACGAGUCCCCGCAAAACUACUCUAUAACCAAUGAAUCCGGCUUCGAGAUGCAGCUUGAAGAUUCGGAAACAGAGGACGAAAUACAGCCUGGGCCCGACAACCAUCCUCUCUACGUCUGCGAGCUUUGCAGUGUCCAGUGCAAGCGCAAAUUCGAAAUGAUUCAACAUCAACGGACCAUGCACCGCUUCGACAAAAUGCCUCAUGAGUGUGAUAAAUGCGUUUUUAAGUGUGUUUCCAAGAAUAUCAUGGAUCAUCAUCUUCUAUGGCAAUGCAGCAGCACAGAGAAGAAGCAUUCAUGCAGCAAGUGCACCUAUAAAUUCAUGUGGCCUGAGAAUCUGGAUAAGCACGUGCGCCUCCAGCAUAGCGAAGUCUCCGAAAUCACCAAAGCAGCCAAGCCGACAAGUGGUCUUGUCGAUGAUGCCACAGAGGACGGAGUCCAGCUUCUGCAAUGCCCGCACUGUGAUCGCACCUAUCAAAUGAAGUCGCGAUUGAACAACCACAUUCGGGAUGUUCAUGUAAACGGAGAUCGAAAGCGCAAGGAUGCGAUUAAGAGAUUCCUUUGCUCGCUUUGUGGCAGAGAAACGCGGUCGGCUGCUGCUCUGGUUACCCACAUGCGACGGCACACCGGCGAGAAGCCCUUUAAAUGUGAUCUAUGUGAAAUGGCUUUUCCGAGACACUCGGAGAUGGCUUCGCAUCGCAGGAUGCAUACGGGGGAGAAACCAUUCCACUGCACAGUUUGUGGCAAGGAUUUUGCCCGUUCCGACAAACUGACGCGGCACAUGCUCACCCACAGCGGAUUGAAACCGCACAAGUGCACGUACUGCGAGAAGAGCUACCGGCAAGCGAAGGAUCUGAAGCUCCAUUUGCAACAGCACACAGGCGAAUGUCCAUUUAUCUGUGGCACGUGUGGCGAACGAUUUAUACAGAACAUAACUCUGGAGAAGCAUCGCCUAAUGCGCCGCCAUUUCGAUUGGAGUUUGCCAUAAAUGAAUAAUUUAAAAAUAAAUGCAUAAUUUAUUGUACAGAUCUCUGCUGACCCGCACGUGUCUCAAUCGUGACCAAACAAUGUGAUUUUUGUAGGUCCCAAUCAUGAUUUCAACCGACGAAUUUCAAAAACCAUCCUUGAUAAGGGCCCCCUCAAGAAUAUUUUUCCGAACACAGGAAGUCAUGUAACGCCCAGAUCGGCAGAGAAAAUUUUCUUGAAAAAUUCCACCGAUCGUUUGAAUGCAUCAAGGACAAUUUUGCCUA